AUGGGUUACAACAUCUUCAGAAAUGAUCGAGUAGGAAAACUUGGUGGUGGAGUGCUACUAGCAAUUAAACAACACAUUAAAUGUCGAGAAAUCAUUAAUAAAACAUCACACAAGAACGAAAUAAUAUCAAUUCAAAUUGAAACACAAUCAUUUAAAUCGAUACUGAUAUCCUCAAUUUAUGUUCCACCAACAGCUAAAAUUGAUAUCAAUAUCUUCCAUGAACUACACAACAUCAACAGCAACUGUAUUAUUGUAGGUGAUCUUAAUGCAACAUUAUUUCAAAUGGGAUCAACCAAGACAAAUGCCAGAGGAAGACAGCUGCAAGAGUUACUUAAGGAAGGUUUUAUUGAAUGUGUCGACGAUGAUAGUACAACAUAUGAAAAAAAUGAUUAUGAAGUUAAACUAGAUUGGAUACUAGGCAGUCAGCCACUUCUAUCAUUUAUAUCAAAUGUCGAAACACAUCCAACAAUCGGCACAUUUAGUGGACAUAAACCAUUAACAUUCGAUAUUUCAAUUGGAGCUGAACCAAGACCAACUUCUCCAAGAAUAUCACUUAACUUUAAAGCAGCAAAAUGGCCAAAGUUUAGAACCAAAUUAGAUCAACAACUGAUGCUAUGGAACAACUAUCGUCGUUUAAAUUCAGCAUUAGAUAUAGAAGAAUAUGCAACAUUUAUUACCAAUAGUAUAAUGUUAGCAACACAAGAAGCCGUUCCACCAUCUACACCAAUAAACAGAAGCUAUAUACUAAGUGAAGCAUCAAAGAGCUUGAUUCAACUAAAACAUCAAGCAUAUCGAAGAUGGAAGAAGACUGGAGAAAAUAUGUACAAACAUCAAUAUUACAACUCCAAAGCCUUAUUAACAAAUUCACUUAGAAAUGACAGAAAAGACAACUUUAACAAGUUAAUGGCGUCUUUAUGUCAUAAGAAAAUGUAUUCUGAUAAGGUCUGGCUAACGGUACGUAAGCUUCAUAACAAAAGGAUCAAACAAACUUACGCAAGCAUCAUGAAUUACAACAACACGACAGCAACAUCAGACAAUGAAAAAGCAGACUUAUUUGCGGAUUAUUUCGAAAAUGAAGUCUACUCUCUUACUGCUGAUACACUGCCAUUUCAUGAUCA